GUGUUAACCACUUCUGGAGGAAGACACAGGAGAAGAAAGUAGGGCUGGGCUGUGGGGAGCUCCUUUCACCCAGGCUGCUGACAACAUGAAAACUUCCUUCAAGGAGAACCGGAAGACCUGGGUCCUCCCUGCAGCCCCCAGAGUCUGGGCGGCGAGGGACCCAUGGCCAGGCCCAGGCCUCUGGUCCUGCUCUGGGCACUGCUGACCCUCUGCAUCUCUGCACGGACCCCCAAGGUGUGGGUGCAAGUCCAGAUGGAGGCCACGGAGCUCCCGACCUUCACUGUUCGCUGUGGAUUCCUGGGGUCUGGCUCCAUCUCCCUGGUGACUGUGAGCUUGGGGGGGCCUGAUGGUGCUGGAGGGACCAGCCUGGCUGUGUUUCACCCAGAAUUCGGAACCCAGCAGUGGGCCCCUGUCCUCCAGGCGCACUGGGAGACCAAAAGCAGCAUCUCCCUCACCCUGGAAGGGUCAAUGGCCGGAAGCCCUUGGGCCAACACCACCAUCUGCUGCAAGUUCAUUUCCUUCCCCAAUGGCUCCCAGGAAGCCUGUGGAGACAAAGGGCUCCCUGCACCCUCUCCAGCCCCCAUUCUGAAGGCAGACCUGGCCGGGAUCUUUGGGGCCUCCGGGGUCCUCCUGUGUGGCUGCAUCUUCCUCCUACACCUCGUACGUCGGCAGAGGCAUCGGUCUGUCGCUCAGCUUCGGCCACCCCUCCCCAGCUCCCGGGCACAGAGGAGAGCUCAGGCCACCAGCCAAGUCGCCCUGGAGGACCCCCACCUCCCCUACACCCCUGCCACCUUCCACCUGGCAGCUCCGGACACGGGGCACCCCCACCAGCAACCGUCUCGGUGGGCACUGCCCCCUAUCCACACUGCAUGCCCACCCCAGGUGCCUGCCACCCGGGUGUCCCGGCUGGCCACUCCACGCAGCAGUUUCAUCUCUGUUGAGAAUGGACUCUAUGCUGGGGCAGGAGCGAGGCCUCCCUGCACUGGCCCCAACCUCGGCCCUUCCCCUGACUCUCUGGGGCCCAGGGUCAUGGGGCGGCACUUGGAGGUUUGAUGUGAGAGUUUCCAGGCCCCCUCGGCCUCCCUCCCCAGGCCUCCAGGACCCUUCUGUUGAGUGUCUGUGUCCCAGGCAUCUGCUCUUUCUACAUCUUGUUUUAUUCUCAGCUCUACAACAAGUGUCUCACGAACCCCAGCCAGGGCCCCCUUGCUGCGGAUGUGGUCAGUGUGUGUGCCUGUGUGGGCACAGGUGUGAGUACAUGUAGUGACAAAGUCCCAUUCCAGGUCACUUCCUGUUUUGUACAUGUCCCCAACCUCCAGGUGAUGUCAGUAACUGUCAAUAAUGUGGUUCCUCUGA